AUGUCCACAUCCCAAGGUCAAAUUUAUUCAAAACUUAAUCUUAAUCUAUUUUCCAGGUUUGAUGUUGAAAUUUACAGGGGUGUACGUACUGUUUUCUCCACAGUGUUUAUUGGAAGCAUAUUUCCAUGCAGCUGUGUUCUCACCACAAGCUGCUUCUCGCGGCCGGUUCGCCCGAGGAAACGCUACGACAUUCAAAAUCAGAUUGAACAUGCGACCAGUCAGUUGACGGUUCAUGUCGACGAGUUGGGGCAGGAGGCGAUUCACCUGGCUGCCAGAUACAGCGAGCCUCAGACCUUCCAGACCUUGGUGCACAUGGGCCGAGAUCCGCUACAUGCCCGAGACUUCCUGGGACGCUUACCACUGCACCGGGCUGCCGAGUCAGGUGACCCGGUGAUGGUCGAAGCCGUAGUGGCCUUCUAUCGGCGGGAGGAGAUUCUGCAGGAGCUGGACAAAAAGCAGCACAGCGCUCUGGACCUGGCCGUGUUGUCCGGCAGCGUUGGGGCUGUAGAAGCUCUGGGGAUCGAUGCCAGCUUCAUGGAGAAGAAGCGCACGCCGCUACACCUGGCGGCACAAUGGAAUCAUGUGGAGGUCUUACAGUUCUUGUUCUCGCGGGGCUUUGCCUUGGAAGCCGUUGACAGCGACCAGACGCGGCCGCUGCAUUUGGCGGCGCGCUUUGGGCAUAGCCAAGCGGUGGCAAAGCUUAUUGGACUCGGUGCCAACACAUCGGCCACAACGAGCUUUGGACGAAGUGCAUUGCACUGGGCGGCCUUGAACGGACACGUCACAGUCACCCAGCAGUUGAUUGCCUGCUGCCCCCUGAACCAGCGCGACAAUGCCGGCUGGACGGCCUUCCAAUGGACCUUGAGGCGCUGUCAUGCACCCUGCAGCCGUACUCUGAUCGAGGGCGCCGCCGAUCUCUUGAUGGAGGACCUGAAGAACCAGCGGAACACACUCCACAUCGCUGCCUGCUUCAACGUCGAACCGCAGCUACUGGAGGAAUUGGAGGAGAAACUGCAUGUCCUGACCCUGACUGACCGCGAUGUGGCUGGCAAGACGCCAUUGCAUUUGAGCGCUCAAUGGGGAACGGUGGACGUGGCACUGAAGCUAAUCCAGUUGAAGAGCGAUUUGGAGCUACGCUGCAGCCAUCAACGGACCCCACUAUAUCUCGGUGCACGCCGUGGGAAUGCCUCGCUGGUCUACGAGUUGCUGCGUCACAAGGCCAAUCUGUCGGCGCUGGAUGCCAAUGGCGUGGCGCCAAUGUUUGCAGCAGCCAGGCAGGACCAUUUCCGCGUGGUGAUGCUCUUACUGCAGCACCGCGCAUCUGUAACUUCUACCGAGAAGGAUGGCAUGACAGUCUUGCACUGGGCGGCCAAGCACGGAAAUUGCGAGGCCAUUCGCGCCUUGGUGGCGAAGAGCCCCACCAGUGCCUUCAGCUUGGUGGCUGCGGUGAACCGCCACGGCCGCAGCGCCUUGCACGUGGCCUGCGUGGCCGGGAGGGUGGAGGCGACCAAGGUCCUGUUGCAAUUGAGGAGUGAUCCUACACUGAAGCAGAAGGAUGGUUGGAUGCCCAUCCACCUUGCAGCGAGGUUUGGUCAUAUCAAGGUGGUUGACGCAAUGCUUGAGAGCCGCUGUGACGGCGAGGCGCGUGGCGUCUAUGGCAAGACUGCAGCCCACUGUGCGGUACAGCGGGCAAAACUGGAGAUGUACAGCUAUCAGCGCAGUCCGUCCAGCAAUUUGGACUACUUCCUCCAAGACCAGGGGGGCCGCAACGUGUGGCACCUGGCAGCCUUGGCUGGACAUGAGAGGUACUUCAGAGUCUACACAAUGACUGAGAGCAACAAGGACCGGAAACACAUCCUGUCUCUGGCCACACAGGAUGCCCGCGGCCGGACGCCUCUGCACCUGGCGGCCGCCAAGGGGCAGCAUUUGGUGGUCAAAGCAAUUCUGGAGUGUUUGAUCGACCACAGUGGCAAAGACAAUGCUUACGACCCCUGCUGGGAUAAGAAAGAGCGAUACCGCGCCUCAAUCUCUACGAAAACUGCAGACAUCAUGGAACUUAUGAACGAAGAGUCACCUGAAUGUCCCUUGCUGAUGCUGGACCACCAGGGCCGCUAUCCCUUGCAUUGGGCGGCGCAGGGAGGCUUCGCACAGGUCACAACUCAGCUGGCCAAGUUCAUGCUCCAAAAGUUGGAGUGCAGUGUGCACCAAGUGCAACUGCCUGAUGCUGACGGCGACAGUCCCUUGAAGUUGGCCUUGGAUCGCAAACAUUGGGAUGCCGCCAGGCGGCUGGUAAGUUGCCUGGGCCUUCCGGAGCCACCUGAGUUGAGGGCCGUGGACGAAGGCACGGUGCGGCAGACUCCCUUGGGAAGCAAAGUCCGUGUCAAGGAAGACUUCGCCAUCGAUUCCGGCAGGAUGCUACGACAAGGUGAAGAAGGCACCUUGGAAAGUGUCGACGAAGAAACCGUGACCAUUCAGUUUGCGGGAGAAUUGGUGAUCCAGACCUUUUCGCAGUUUGCCAGCUGCUGUGUCGCGGAAAGGUCGUAUUUGCUGAACGGUUCCACCUGGAAGCGCCGUGCCAAGCGCCCCUUCCCAGCACUGGACACUUGCUGCGAGGCGCCCAGAGUGCCGAUGACAGUGGAUGCCUGCGCACAGAGUGGAGGAGAAUUUUCGGAGGGUGAUGUCACCCGAGGUUUCGAUGAAGGCGCUUGGCUUCGGCUGCCCAAUGGCAGCUAUCUGCCCAUGCUGUUGCAGCUGGACGAAGCUCGACUGGUUCCAGCCCUAACACCCUGGCAUGGUCCGUCUCUACGACGAGGGCAGUUGGUGAGGACUUGUGAAGAGCUCGUCAAGGGCCGUACUUCCGUGGCUCCGAAGACCGUGGGUUUGGUGCGUCGCAUCGACGAAAGCGAUGCUGCGGUGGUGGACUUUGAAGGAACAGAUCGAUGGCUUCGUUUGCCUGGAAAGAGCUUUGAGGACUUGGAGCUCUUGCCGUAUGUGUCUGUCAUGGAGGAGCCUCGUACAGUGCCCGAAGAAGGAACCGUCGCGCUGUCCUCGAAACGGAAGGAGUGCGGCCAGGUGGAAUUCGAGGGAUCCGGCACCUAUUCCUCGGUGCUCUUUCACCUGGUCUAUCCAGAUGGCAGCAAGAGCAUCAAGCUCUCGGACCGCCGCGGCCUGCGCGAGAUCUCGGGGGCACCCAGCGUGGCGCAGCUGGCGCACUUCGUGCGACGAAAGGAGAUGCAGAUGGCACUGUGAGCGACGGCUCCAAAGGAUA